UAGAACUAGGCGUGAAAGUGUCCAAUUGGAGAAACGCCUUGCUCAUUAUGGGUAGCUUGUAGGUUAGACUGUUUGUGUAUACGGAAGCUAAUGCUGAGCUAUAGCCUGGAGCCUUGGAAGUUAUGUAAGGAGGAGAAAAGACGUUAUCAGGAUAUAUAUUAUGAUUGUACAUAUUAUUUGCUGCAAAGUGUACUUUUAAACAGUGCUGCUUAUUUUGUGUUUGUUUUUUUCUUUCCAUCUGAAUGGCAAUGCCUUUUGCGCCUCAGAAACAAGUGGUAGAAUCUCGGUACAUUUCAUGUGUUGUUGACUGCAUACCAGGCAGAAUACGUAUAUAUGCACUAUAAGUAAACGAGUAUUAUAUAUUCCUAUACAGCAAGUGUGUCUGCAGGAGGUGGACGGAGUGAGCCCUCUGUCUAGCAUCAUAGUGUGAGAGAACUGACUGCCGAUUGCUGUUGAUACGUUACUUGGGAAUCUCUCAACAGACCCUAUCUGCUUGGACACUCAAGUGCUUGGUUUGUUCUGAUGUAAUCUUAGAUAAUCUGGUGGCAAAGCUUUGAUCCGAGAGCUGUGGACCUGGUACUCUAAUUUAGAAUUAUCUAAACCAUACAGAAGCUCAAUACCUUCCCCAAGUCCAAGAGGAGUCUUCAAGGAAAAUUACUCAUGGCUUUACUUGCCAGUGUAUAAAGUAUUGUCAAACUCUAUACAGCCCUACCUAUAUAGACCUCCUGCUAAUUCUGUACCACUACAUAUAUACUGAACUCAACCAGUCCGCUAUACAGCUACACCUCCAGCUUCCUCUUUAUCCAGCUAUCACAGCACCACAUUGUGCAAUUCAUCUCCAAUUUUGUCUCUAUAGACAUUCCACACUAUAACCCUAACGGACCAUAGAAAAUGUACCCCUGCCCCUCCAAAAAUUCUUCAUCCCUUCCCAAAUCCCCCCCUUCCCCUACUGCGGAGUCAAGCUCGAUGUCUGUGGUGUCAGACCCCCAGCAUGCAACAAAGCUUUUACGGGCACUUGGCACAUUUCGUGAGGAUUCAGACUUCUGUGAUGCUGUUUUAGUCCUAGAGGAACAAGAAAUUCCUGUGCAGAGAAAUAUUCUUGCAGCAGCAAGUCCCUAUAUACGAACAAAACUGAAUUACAAUCCACCCAAAUUUGAUGGCACUAUAUACAGGAUUGAAUUAGAUGGAAUUUCGAUGGCUGUUAUGAAAGAAAUUCUGGAUUAUCUUUUCAGCGGGCAGAUCAGGCUAAGUGAAGAGACCAUACAAGACGUAGUUCAGGCAGCUGAUCUCCUACUACUCACAGACCUGAAGACCUUGUGCUGCGAGUUCCUGGAGGGUUGCAUAACCGCAGAGAACUGCAUUGGCAUCCGAGACUUUGCACUGCAUUACUGCCUAAACCAUGUCUAUCACUUGGCCACUGAAUACCUAGAGACCCACUUCAGAGAUGUCAGCAACACAGAAGAGUUUCUGGAACUGGGGCACAUCAAACUAAAGGAGAUUCUGUCCCUGGAAAAACUCAAUGUGGGAAAUGAAAAAUACAUCUUUGAAGCUGUGCUCCGAUGGCUGUCCCAUGACCUGGAUGUGAGAAAAGUUCACAUGAGGGAAGUAUCAUCUGCAUUGUGGGUGAACGGACUAGACACCAACUACCUUCGUGAGCAAAUGAUGAAUGAACCUUUGGUUCGGGAGAUGGUUCGAGAGUGUUCUAACAUCCCUCUAAAUCAGGCUCUGCAAGGAGAGGCAAUGCUCGCUUCCUUCAAACCCAGGGGUUACUCUGAGUGUAUUGUAACAGCCGGAGGAGAAGAGAGAACGACACGGAAGCCAUUGGCAGCAGUUCGAUGCAUGUGUCCCCUCUAUGAUCGAAACAGGCAGCUGUGGAUUGAGCUGGCUCCUUUAAGCAUUCCUCGAAUCAACCAUGGGGUUCUUUCUGCAGAGGGGUUCCUGUUUGUUGUUGGAGGUCAGACGGAAAACAGUGAAACACUAAGCUCUGGGGAAAUGUAUGAUCCAGAUGCUAAUUCCUGGAGCCCUAUACCUCCCAUGCUUGAGGCAAGACACAGUUUUGGCAUUGUGGAGAUUGAUGGCGUCAUCUUCAUUUUGGGAGGUGAGGAUGGUGACCAUGAAUUAAUUUCUAUGGAAUCAUUUGACAUUUGCACCAAAACAUGGAGCAAGCAACCAAAUAUGACAAUGGUUAGAAAGAUCGGCUGCUAUGCAGCUAUGAAGAAGAAAAUCUAUGCGAUGGGUGGUGGCUCAUUCGGAAAGCUGUUUGAGUCUGUUGAAUGCUAUGAUCCCAAAACGCAGCAAUGGACAGCAAUAUGCCCUUUAAAAGAGAGGAGAUUUGGCGCGGUUGCGUGUGGCGUGGGAUUGGAACUCUAUGUUUUUGGAGGUGUUAGAAGUCGUGAAAACGAAACUCAGAACAGUGAUAUGGUGGCCUGUAAAUCAGAAUUUUAUCACGAUGAUUUUAAACGGUGGAUCUACCUAAAUGAUCAGAAUUUAUGCAUUCCUACAAGCUCUUCCUUUGUGUAUGGGGCAGUGCCAAUCGGCGCCAGUAUCUAUUUGAUUGGCGAUCUUGAUACAGGUACAAGUUAUGACUAUGUACGGGAGUUUAAGAGGAGCACUGGGACUUGGAACCACACCAAGCCAUUAUUCCCAUCUGACCUGCGUCGCACAGGUUGUGCAGCGCUACGUAUUGCAAACUGCCGGCUAUUCAGACUGCAGCUACAACAAGGACUGUUUCGCAUCCGUGUUCAGCCUUCCUGAAACACACAGUUUGCCAGCAGCAGACUGCACAUAAAGGAGACAAGCCCUCCAUCACUUGGUAUAAAAAGUGAGGUAGUUGUGUUGCAGAAAAUGCAACGGUAUGUAAUGCUUAAUCAGGAAUCAUUCAGCCUUUUUUUUUUUUUUUUGGUUUCCAGCUAAUAUAUUCAGAGGUAUGGGGAUAAAGAAAUAUAUAAAUUCUUUUUUGCUUAAUGGGACCUAAUAUUUAGUACUUAAGCAUGGUGCAAUGCACUAAAAUGACUAGCUUUAACAUAUACAAUACUGUUAUUUAGAGAAGACAAUCUUAUCACACCACAUGUAUCUUUGUUAAAGGAACUUCUGUCUUACCUCGUUGCUAAGAUGAGUACGUUCAUCUAUCUUAAACAUAAAUGAUAUUCAUUCCUAUGCUAAUUCUUGUUAAGAAUGAUGAAAAAGUAGAUUUUUGUUUCUUUUACUAACCAGUUUCUAGAACAAUGUGUUCUCCAGCUGAUUUAUUUAUCUUACCUAUGCAUCUUGAAUUUUUAUAUGGGCUAGAUCGGUUAUUUGAUCUCUGUUUAU